GGGAAUUCAGACUCGGGGAGUAGCAGGCGAAGGAGACCCCGAUGAGCAGCAUGGAUAAGUGUACCGAAUCAAGCCUCCUCAUGCCGCCAGCUUUGGCUCGAUGGUCGGUGGUCGCGUUGCGGCAGGGCUGCGGGGCGAUGGCGGCGGAGCUGGGUUGAAGGCUGAAGAGACUGCGAAUAGGCUCCAGUAGCACGGCGGCGCGGCAGACCUUGCAUCUCGCGAGAGCGGUGGCGUGGCUGCUUGGCAGUAGGCUUGCAGUAAGACAGAGGGAGAAGGCAGGCAGCAUCAUGGCGGACAGAGACAGUGGAAGUGAGCAGGGAGGAGCAGCCACGGGCCCUGGUGUCGGUUCCAUGCACCCAGUGACAGGAGGGGCGGGCUCGGCUUCCGGGCUGCAGCACGAGACGCAGGAGCUCGCCUCGAAGCGGGUUGACAUCCAGAACAAGCGCUUCUAUCUAGACGUAAAGCAGAACGCGAAAGGCCGCUUCUUGAAGAUAGCAGAAGUCGGGGCCGGGGGAAACAAGAGCCGCCUCACUCUCUCCAUGUCUGUGGCUGUCGAGUUCCGCGACUACCUGGGGGACUUCAUCGAGCACUAUGCCCAGUUAGGGCCGAGCAAUCCUGACAUUGCGCAGGACGAGCCACGGCGGGCGCUGAAGAGCGAGUUUCUGGUCCGUGAGAAUCGAAAGUACUACAUGGAUCUGAAGGAGAACCAGAGGGGCCGCUUUCUAAGGGUCCGGCAGACCGUCAACCGGGGGCCCGGCUUGGGAUCCACGCAAGGCCAGACCAUCGCUCUUCCAGCCCAGGGACUUAUCGAGUUUCGCGAUGCGCUCGCCAAACUCAUCGACGACUACGGAGUGGAGGACGAGCCGGCAGAGCUGCCCGAGGGAACCUCGUUAACUGUGGACAACAAGCGCUUUUUCUUUGACGUGGGCUCCAAUAAGUACGGGGUGUUCAUGAGGGUAAGCGAAGUCAAGCCCACCUAUCGCAACUCUAUCACAGUGCCCUACAAAGUGUGGUCGAAAUUCGGCAGCACUUUCUCUAAAUACGCAGACGAAAUGAAAAAGAUUCAAGAGAAACAGCGGGAAAAAAGGGCAUGCGAGCUUCAGCAGCAGCAACAAGAGGAGAUGCACGGAGACGAGGGGGACGAGGAUUGAUAGUGGAGAGAAACAUGCAAAAAAUAAUCCGAAUAACCUAAAGAGAAAUUCUACGUACUUUGCUGUAAAAAAAAAAAAAAAAGA